GCAUUCACACCACGUCGAAACGAUCCGACGCCUGCGGUGCUUCGCCAUGCGGACCGCAUUGAGCGGUGGCUGAAGGGCAAUUGGGGUGCCAUGUUGGCACUCGUCAGGCCAGCGGGCGUCGAGCCCUAUCACCUGGGGCGACGACUCCGAGCCGUCGAAGCGGACCGCACAGAGGCGUUCGCCGAAAGCUUCAGCUCCAGCAGCUCCAGCAGCUCCAGCAGCUCCAGCAGCUCCAGCAGCUCCAGCUCCCCACUCUGCCCCGCUCGGCAGAAGGAUCAGCGGGGUCUUUGGGCAUGGCGGAGCUGCGAGGUGUUGGUCUUGUGCGCUGUACUCGCCCGUGGUCGUACUGCCCACAGUCGUUCACAGAGCUCACGGGGUGGCAGAUCCGGGAACAUCAUCUUGAUGAGGAGUCAGGAGAUGGAAAGCGAGGUUCAGGAUGCCUCUACCCAAGCGCCGGAUGAGGAGGCCACCCGGAGAGAGAAGCUCUUGACACGGCUUCGGGAGGAGGUCUCUGGAUCGCAUUCGCUGGCGGCGCGCAUUUUUCUGUCGGCCAGCAGCGACCUGCGACAUGAGAUGUUGGAGAUCAUGGCUGAGGAAAGCAUGGCGUUGCCCGUGGAGAACUUUCGAUGGCUGUUGCGAGCCCUUGGGGAUGAAACGGUGAUGACGUCGUUUCGUGCCGUGCGGUUUGACCUUCUUAGAGGGUCUGGGAGCAGCCAGCCGCUGGAGCACCUUCAACGGUGCCUUUACGGCCUUGUGGAACUUAUGGAUCCUUAUGGCCGUAAAUGCCUUAUGUCUCGCCUUUGGCGUUUGGAUGUUUGGCAAUGUUUGGAGAGGAUCUCCUAAACAACAGGAUUGUUCUAACCACUCUAUUUGGCCGGUUUUUUCUUGCAGAUGGCUGCAGGCUAUAGGGGUUCUAACUUUUCCCUGGUGGGUACUGGUACUGGUGGUUGUGUUUCGAUUAGUCUUGCAUGCCUUAUUCUUGCUGUGUUCUAAUUGUUUGCGCGUGAUACUUGGGAAACCUAGGACCUAGGAGCCUUACUGACUGUUUGCGCGCUGGAGCAGCAUCUUCAAUUAUUCUGUGUGCGUCGCGAAGUGAGUCUCCCCACUUGUUUGCCUGUUUGAUUGGCGUUGUGGUCGGCUGACCCUCUGGAAGAUCUCAUUCUGUUUGUGAGUUAUUUGUGUAAUCAACUUCUUGGCAUAUUCUCAGCGACAGCCCGAGGCCCUCCGCAAAGCGGAUGUGUCUCCCGAGA